AUGGCAACACUAUCUGUAGAGGCUCUCUGCUUAAAAGAUGAAGAUUAUCCACCAUCAACACAAAACCAUGGCAGUGAGGAUGAGUCUGACUCAGAUACGGAAUCAGAUGAAAAGGAGGAAGGCAAGAAGGAGAUGUCUAUAGCAGACGUGUACCUGCAGGCCUGCAAGCUGGUGGGUGUGGUGCCAGUCUCUUAUUUUUUACGAAACCUUGAAUCUACAACCAUGAACCUGAGCCACCAUGGCCUCGGACCUCUGGGCUGCAAGGCACUCUCUAUAGCUUUGGUGGCAGACAUGCAGAUCAACACCCUGCAACUGAGUGACAACCACAUUUUAGCUGAAGGAGCCCAAUACCUGGUGGAGAUGCUGAAGGCCAAUUUCACUGUCCAACAUUUGGAUUUGUCCAACAAUCAUCUACAGUCUGGAGGAGCACAAUAUAUCGCCAGAUUGCUGCUGGACAACAUUUCAUUAAAAUCUGUUAAAUUGUCAGGAAAUGGGUUUACUGAUGAUGAUGGUAAAUACUUUGCAGAUGCUUUGUCAACAAAUUCCAGAAUAAAGGAACUAGACCUGAGCCAUAAUGAUUUCUGUGGAAAAGGAGGGGAACAUUUAGGACACCUGCUGGCAAACAAUGAAGGCCUGGAGGUGCUGGACCUCAGCUGGAAUCAUCUUAGAAUGAAAGGAGCUGUUGCUUUUUGUGCUGGACUUAAGGUGAAUAUGAUGUUGAAACAUCUUGAUCUGUCAUGGAACGGGUUUGGAAAUGAGGGGGCCCUGGCCAUGGGAGAGGCCCUUAAGUUCAACAACACUCUGGUGCACCUCAACCUUAACAACAACCGGCUCACUAAUGAGGGUGUUGGCAUGCUCUGCAGGGGUCUGGAGUUCAAUGACACUCUCCGAGUUCUACUGCUGGCUUAUAACUCUCUAACAGUAGAGGGAGCCCUGGCCCUGGUUAAUGUGGUCAAGAACACACCUAAAACUGCCCUGGAGGAGAUCAACAUAUGUAAUGUUCUGGUAAAUGAGAACUUUGUGCAUCUCUUGGAGGUGACAUGUCAGGAACAUCCUGGUCUGGAUGUACAGUAUGGAGGGGUAGGAGGUUUCAUAGCCAAGAAGCCACCAAAACGUGUUGAUCCGAUGAAAGUCAUUCAGGAUUAUCUGGAUGAGCGGAAGCUACGCCUGUGGGAUUUUUUUCGAAACAUUGACAAAGAUGGCACCAUGCAAGUCCCUGUUGCUGAUUUCAGGAAGGCAGUGCAGCAAUCAAGUAUUCCUUUGGAUCGAUACCAGAUAGAGGAGCUCAUUCAGAGACUUGAUCGUGACAGGACAGGGAUGGUAGACUACAGGGGACUGGCGGAUACAAGAAAACAGAUGAUGAGGGAUCACCGCCGCCACCUUCGAAAGGUUGAGUCCCGGCAGAAGAAAGAAAAGCAGAAGAGUGACCGUAUCCUCAAGACCUUUAAAAACGCCGUGGAGGCAGUUACACCUCGCAGCUCAUUGGUCAUGUCUCCAGGAGCUCCCAAAGAUGAUUCAAGUGGUCCACAACCCUUCUCUGCCACCCCUCUGAGUUCAUGGCACCACAUAGUCAUGUCUAACAGCAGUCGCUAUUCUGUCACUCAUCUGAGUAAUGAGCAUGUUCACCUGCCCAUGUUAGGUGGCACAACACCAUAUCGCCCCACCAGUUCCCCAGCAAUGCGCUCCUACUCCCAACCCAACCUUCUGGGUGAUUCGCCUCGCACUGGUCUAAGUAAGUCCAUCUCUGCCCAGGGUGUACGCUCUGACCCAGAGAUGAGCCACAACAAGCUGAGUCCUACCACUAACUUCCUGACCAGGUCCAGACCAGCUCUUGAUCCAAAGAAACCAGAUGGUAAAACUAAAACCAAGAAAGGGAAGAAGAAGAAAACUAAGAAACGUGUGCAAUGA